AUGAACACUGUCCUUUCACCUUCAGCGUCUCCUGCUUUGUCCAAAACCUAUGUUUCUUUUUCUCCCCUAUUUUCCAAUUUUGCUGUUUCAUCUUCUUCCAAAUCCUCGCACAUUGAACUUCCCCGCAAAAGGGGUUCUCAAAACACUGCACUGCGCUGCAACUGUAGCAUCUGGCCGGGUGGCCCUGCCUCUGAUGACAGUGAUAGCAGCAAUAGAAGUAUCCUGGAUGCAUUUUUCUUGGGAAAAGCUGUAGCUGAAGUUCUAAACGAGCGCAUUGAAUCUACAGUUGGUGAAAUUUUGAGCACUGUUGGAAGAUUGCAAGCCGAACAACAAAAGCAAGUGCAGGACUUUCAGGAAGAUGUGUUGGAAAGAGCCAAAAAAGCAAAGGAAAAGGCAGCUCGUGAAGCUGUGGAGGCACAAGGACUCAUUUCAAAGUCUGCAGUUGAGAUAAAAGUAACAGAUUCAGGCAAUUCCAAAACAUCAAAUUCCAUAAUAGAUCCAGUCACUUCUGUUGAGUCUAUUGAUGUGCCUCAAACAGAUACUGAAGCUGCCAAUGAGGAGAAACCUAGUACUAGUUCAACAAGAGCUGAAUGA